UGUCAUAAGGUUGGAAUCCUGCGACCAAACUGGCUAGAUGGAGCCAAGUAUCUAGGCCAAAAAAAUGUGAGUGGGUUUCUCUGCAAUGUAUGGGAGAAAGUAGACUUUAUAUGGUACUAUGAGGAUGUUGAAACCAAGAGACCCGUGCAAUGGAUCUUCUAUACAGGGAGGGAGGCUCAUCUAAUGACAUUUGAGGUUGGUGCGGUCUUAGAGGAUGAGAAAUGGCAGGCGCCUGUUUAUUGUUUCAACAAAGAGAAGAAGGGUUUAUCUACGAAGGGAGCUUUGAGAGAAUUUAGAGGAUACAGAGAAAAGGCUGCUAUGUAAUUUUAAUUAACGAGACCUUUUUCUUUCUUUCUAGAGGAUCAAUCAGGAAGAGCGCAAGAGUGAAUAAAUAAAUCAUCGACGGAGGAGACCUUAGAGUCUGUAAAAGCCUUAUAAAUCAGAAAGAUUAUUAUGUUCCGCAUUGCUUUGUCUAUGAUACGAGUAAGUUGGGUCGGGUUCA